CCGCUUCUACCGUACUGGUCAACUUCAGGUAUUGGAAACUCUGCUUUUCUAUAGACGGACCUCUUAAUGAGCCUAUCACCCCUUCCAGACUGACAAAGAUGUCCAGAUAUGACAGACGGUUCUUUUGUUCUACUUCACAGGUUACCCACAAGUUGGCAUGUGCACCGUUAACUUGCUGCACCAAGUGGACAAUCUGCUACUCCGACGAACAAAAGACCAGAUCGUAUCGUUGUUGGUCACAUGGUUCACCAUGACUUUUCUGUACUCAAGCUGAGUCACCCCCGGCAUUUGAUCCGCGACACUGCCAAGUCCCCUUACGCAAGGGUUUUGGCUGGUUUUUCCUCCAGGCAAGCAGUCAGCUUGCGUUCUCUUACACUCAGUCUUUUCGGCACUCACAUACAAACUGGAGAACAUUGCUCCGUGGAAGAUGCACGUGCAUCUAUGGCCAUUUACCGACUGGUAGAAAGAGACUGGGAAGCAGACUUGAAACGUUCCAACAGCUGCAAGAGGAAAGUACCUCCAUCCGAUUUUGCCUACUUCAGCGAAUCCACUUUCGACAUCCUUCAAAUUUCGUGCUCGAAGAAACUCCGAAAAGUGUGGCCAACAUGUUCACCAUGGUUACAGCCCUUGUCGCCUGUACCAUGUGAUAAUCCAUGUUCUGAACUGCCCGCUAGCACCUGUUCUUUGUUAGCCGACGAUUUCUGGCCUGAGUCAGUGGACUGAUGUGGCGUAUUUUCGUACCACAUGUGCUAUUGGAUAUUUUGAUCCUUCUCUCGGUCGGUCGGUCUAACCAAGAGAGUCAACUGGCUCUAUGAAUUUCACCUUAUUUAUCUGAACUGCAGUGCCUUACUCGACACCUGUUGUUUAAGCAAAAUAUGUCAUUCCUGCUGUUUUACAGUUGGCUAUUUCGAUCAAUAUAUCAUGCGAGAAUACUAUUUUUCCUCCAUUCCAUGC